CAACAGCGCUUGGCCCGGCGACUCGACAGCCCCUGCCUUCCCUCCGGCGCAGGCGGGCGCUGGAUCCCGGGCUGAUCCAGGUCGGGUUUUGCGGCGGAGUCCGCGUGCGCAGAUUCCUUAUCGGUUGCAACCGGUCGGCGGCGGGAGAUCAUGGUGCUAGAAGAACCGUGGGCCGGGCUGUCCGGCGUCUCCGGGGCCGCCCUGGCCUGCUGCUUCGUGGCGGCGGCAUUGGCCCUGCGCUGGUCCAGUCGCCGGACAGCGCGGGCCUCGGCGGUCCGGGCGCGACGGAGGCAGAAAGCGGGCCUUGGCUCCAUGGACAAGGCGGCGCAGCGCUUCCGGCUCCAGAACCCUGACCUGGACUCAGAGGCGCUGCUGGCCCUGCCCCUGCCUCAACUGGUACAGAAGUUACAAAAUGGGGACCUGUCUCCCGAGGCUGUGCUCUUCACCUACAUGGGAAAGGCCUGGGAAGUCAACAAAGGGACUAACUGUGUGAUCAGCUACCUGGCAGACUGCGAGACUCAGCUGUGCAAGGUCCCAAGACAGGGCCUGCUCUAUGGUGUCCCCGUGAGCCUCAAGGAAUGCUUCAGCUACAAGGGCCAGGACUCGACACUGGGCUUGAGCCUAAACCAGGGGGUGCCAGCGGAGGGUGACUGUGUGUUGGUGCAGGUGCUGAAGUUGCAGGGCGCCUUGCCCUUCGUGCACACCAAUGUCCCCCAGUCCAUGCUCAGCUUUGACUGCAGUAACCCCCUCUUUGGCCCGACCAUGAACCCAUGGAAUUCUUCCAAGAGCCCAGGUGGCUCCUCAGGAGGCGAGGGGGCCCUCAUUGCUGCUGGGGGCUCCCCACUGGGCUUAGGCACCGACAUUGGAGGCAGCAUCCGCUUUCCUUCAGCCUUCUGUGGCAUCUGCGGCCUCAAACCCACAGGGAACCGCCUCAGCAAGAGUGGCCUGAAGGGCUGUGUCUAUGGACAGGUAGCAGUACAGCUCGCGGUCGGCCCCAUGGCCCGGGACGUGGAGAGCCUGGCACUGUGCCUGCGAGCGCUGCUGUGUGAGGACAUGUUCCGCUUGGACCCCACCGUGCCCCCCUUGCCCUUCAGGGAGGAGAUCUACAGGAGCUCUCAGCCCCUGCGUAUAGGGUAUUAUGAGACCGACAACUAUACCAUGCCCACGCCGGCCAUGAAGCGGGCCCUGCUGGAGACCAAGCAGAGACUCGAGGUUGCUGGCCACACGCUGGUUCCCUUCCUGCCGAGCAACAUACCCCAUGCUCUGGAGAUCCUAGGCACAGGUGGGCUGUUCAGUGAUGGUGGCACAACCUUCCUACAGAACUUCAAAGGUGAUUUCGUGGAUCCCUGCUUGGGGGACUUGAUCUCAAUUCUGAGGCUGCCCGGAUGGCUUAAAGGACUGCUGGCUUUCAUGAUGAAGCCUCUGCUCCCAAGGUUUUCAACCUUUCUCAGCAGUAUGAAGUCUCGGUCAGCUGGAAAGCUCUGGGAACUGCAUCAUGAGAUUGAGGUGUACCGGCACUCGGUGGUGGCCCAGUGGAGAGCCCUGGAGCUGGAUGUGCUGCUCACCCCCAUGCUGGGCCCUGCUCUAGACCUGAACGCCCCAGGCAAGGCCACAGGGGCCAUCAGCUAUACUCUGCUCUACAACUGCCUGGACUUCCCUGCGGGGGUGGUACCCGUCACCACGGUGACCGCCGAGGACGAGGCCCAGAUGCAGCUUUACAAGGGCUACUUUGGCGAUAUCUGGGACAAGAUGCUGCAGAAGGCUGUGAGGAAGAGCGUGGGGCUGCCCGUGGCUGUGCAGUGCGUGGCUCUGCCCUGGCAGGAAGAGCUGUGUCUGCGGUUCAUGCGGGAGGUGGAGCAACUGAUGAACCCAGACAAGCAGCUAUCCUGACUGCGGCCUACCCGGCCCUGGAGGACCCGAGACCCGCCCGAAGCUGCAUCCAGCCUAGUCAGGGCACAGCUGCCGCCCCGCCAGGAAUGUUCAGCCUGGGCUCAGGCUUCUGAGUCCCUCCCCUGUUGCCCUCUACAAGAAGCCCAGACCCACUGAAUUUGGACCUCACUUCCUCCCCAGGUCCGCUCUCUGUCCUGACCACCCUCCUCACUGUGGCAGCCAGUGGGCAUGACAUGAUGACUAACAGUCAAGAA